AUGGAGCAGACGGACCGGUUCCAGGUUCCUCCAGGGAACGGGGACCCGCUGGAGGCACGAACCUCGUCCUUUGAAGCCACAGACUCUAAAUCUGAAACUGUGGCUCUGAGCUACAAACCAUCCCCCUUGCAGGUGCAGAUAGAGAAGCACAGGGAUCUGGCUCGUAAAGCCUCGGUGAAAAGCAGCUCAGGGGGGAGUCCCGUGAACCAGCAGCCCAAGAAGACCGCACGCUCACGACUCGUGGUGCCGAACAAAGGAUACUCCUCCUUAGACCAGAAUCCAGACGAGACACCACUAGUGGCUCUGGACACGGACAGUGAUGAGGACUUGGACGUGUCCAGAUACUCCUCGUCUGGAUACUCCUCAGCCGAGGUGAGAUGUCUGAGGGACCAGCAAAUAAACCAGGACCUGAACAUCCAGCUGCUGAAGGACGGGUACCGACUGGACGAGAUCCCAGAUGAUGAAGACCUGGACCUAAUCCCACCCAAGUCCGUGAGUGCGACCUGUGACAUGAGGGCGGUGGUUAUUUUGCUGAUGGGUGUGUUGCUCAAAGGCUCCGUUUCCUCAUAUGAGUUUACAGCCUUCAGGAUGCAGCAGUACGACCUGGGGAAGUACAAGUACGGAUGUAGGUCCGCCCUUGUCUCCUCCGCAGCAGUGGUCUCGGCCCUCGACUCUUCUUUCAGCAGGAGGUGCGUACUGAUGGGGGCAGAGGAGGUCACCUGGAGCCUAGUGAAGGAGGCACAGACCAAUAACGCAGCGGCCAUUUUGAUUCUACUGCCAAAAAAUAUGAGCAGCAUGAGUGAGGAGGCGCGACAGAGCUUCAUGGAGGCAGAGGUGCAGCUGCUCCAGAAGGAGGUGCAGACUCCAGUCUACGUGGCUCCUGAAGAUGAUCACCUCCUUCUGAUGAGGGAGGAACUGCAGGAGAACCAGGCCUCCAAAAGCUCCUCCCUCCUUCACCAAGUCUUCAGGAGCCUCGUGACCUCCACGUCCUUUCAAGUCAUCGUCAGCAACAACGGCCCCAUUAGACCAACGAAGGAGACCACUGUGUACAGUCUGGAGGGCUGUCUCCAUGGCGCCGGCGAGGACCCACCCACCAUUGUCAUCACCGCACAUUACGACUCAUUUGGUCUGGCUCCGUGGUUGUCGUAUGGUGCUGACUCAAACGCUAGUGGAGUCACGCUGCUUCUGGAGCUGAUGAGACUCUUCAGGAAACUGUACAACGACCAGAGGAACAGGCCCCAGUUUAAUCUGCUCUUUGCUCUGACUGGAGGAGGAAAGUUCAACUUCAUAGGAACCAAACGCUGGAUUGAGGAGAACCUGGACCACGCAGAGUCCAGCCUGCUGCAAGACGUGGCCCUGGUCCUCUGCUUGGACACCCUUGGAGCCGGCCAGCAGAUGUUUGCCCACGUGUCUCGACCACCCAGACCAGAGUCUCCGCUAUGGAAGUUCACACAAGUCCUGGACGAGGUGGUCCAGUCCAGGUUCCCCUCCUGGUCUUUCUCGUCGCUCCAUAAGAAGAUAAACCUUGGAGAGUCGUCAGUGUCCUGGGAGCACGAGCGCUUCAGUGUGAGGAGGAUCUCAGCCCUCAGCCUGUCCCACCUGAGAGGAGGGGAGAGGGGGGAGAGAGAGGGGAGAGGGAGUGUCCUGGAUACCAUGUCGUCUGUCGACCUGCGCAGCCUCAGGACGAAUGGACUUAUCAUCGCUGAGGCUCUGGGACGACUCAUGUUCAACCUGUCCCACCUGGGUUCUCCUAAAGAGGUGCAACUCUUCAGAGGACAGCUGGACUGGUCGGACUCCCGGGUCUCCUCUAUACUCACCCUUCUCACUUCAGUGCCCAGACCGGCUCAGUUCUGGGACCAGGAUCCAGACCAGGCCAUGGUCCUGGACUCAGUGGAGCAGGAGUUCAGAGUCCGACUGAAGGAGGUGAAGAGGUUUGAGUUCAAGAUGGACUGGAGAGAACCUGAGAUCUCCUUCUUUGAUCAAAUGAAGCAGAACAUCAUUGUGUACAGAGUGAAACCUGCUGCCUUUGAUCUGUUUGUUGGAGGCUGUGUCGCUGUUUAUUUGGGACUGGUGUAUAUUGGCGUUCAGACCCUGGACCCUCUGUACUCUGGCCUCAAAGCUGCGGUGAAGGGUAGAACUCUGUGA